AAACCCGCUACUUCUUAAUUCUUUUCUUCAUCCCCAGCAGCAGCAAAGCAUCCAAUUGUCCCCCAAGAUUUCUUCUAUAAUUUCUUCAAAUUUUUCUGAUAAGCGGUUGUAAAAGAAAUAGAAAGAUUAAAAAAAAUGGGCCAAAUUUGGAGUAAAAGGCAGCAAAAUCAUCCCCACCACCACCACCACCACCGCUUUCAGCACCCGCCACCACCGCCGGCACCACCGCAACCCCAACCAACCCAACAACAACCGCUUUCUUCCUCCUCCCCACCAUCAACCUAUGCUUUUGCUGCCAAUGCCCCAUAUCCCGCCCUCCAUCCGCCGGUGCCCGCGCCUCCUCCGCCGCCGCCUCCACCACCUUAUCACCCCUCCACCUCUGCUCCCUAUUACACCAACUAUAGUUACAACUAUUCCAAUUACUCGAGACCCCCCGUUAAUAUGAUGGGGGCUCAGUCUAAUUACCAUAAUCCUUACUAUGUAGGAGGCCAUGGUAGUGGGUGGUUCCGGCCGCCGCAGGCCGCGAUGCUGCUGGCACCGUCGCCGCACUUGCAGCCUCCGCCGCCUGCUCCGGUGCCGUACGUGGAUCACCAGAGUGCUAAGAAGAUCAAGAAUGAUGUGAACGUUCAUAAGGAUACUAUAAAGCUUGAAGUGGAUGAGGGGAACAGAGAUUGCCACUUGGUUUCCUUCACUUUUGAUGCCAUGGUUGAUGGAAGUAUCACCAUUUACUAUUUUGCAAAGGAAGGAACCAAAUGUACAUUCAAUCCUGUCCAUCCUGAGAUGUACGUGCCAAUGAAAAUUCCUUUCCAGAAAGGAUUGGGUCAGAAAUUCUGCCAGCCUUCAGGAAGUGGAAUUGAUCUUGGGUUCUUUGAUAUAGAUGACUUAUCAAAGCCAUCUGCAGGAGAUGUUUUCCCUCUUGUGAUAUCAGCACAAUCAUGUUUGUCGUCGACAUUGAUGGAAGAUCAGCUCAAUGAGGAAGCAGUGAAUACAUCUCCUCAUGCGCAAAUUACUCAGGCGGUUAUAGAGAAGAACAAUGAUGACCAUUUCCAGGUUAAAGUAAUCAAGCAGAUUCUGUGGAUAGAGGAAAUUAGGUAUGAGCUGCGGGAGAUCUUUGGCAUCAGUAACUCAGAUGAACAAGCUAUAAAUGACAAGGACUUGGGAAAAGAAUGUGUCAUUUGCAUGACUGAUCCAAAGGACACAGCAGUUUUACCAUGUAGGCAUAUGUGUAUGUGCAGUGAGUGUGCCAAAGAAUUGAGGCUGCAAACAAACAAGUGUCCUAUAUGCCGCCAGCCCAUCGAGGAACUUCUGGAGAUUAAGGUUGAUGAAGCUGUUUCAUGAGCUGGUUUUCACAAGGGAACUUGUAACUGUACAAAAUCACAAGAAUAUUUCACAGGUGACUUAAGCUUCUGUACGAGUGGGUUGGCAGAGUACCAAAUACACAUGACAUUCGGGGCAUUCUGGUUUUUAGCGCUUGUAUAUUGAAUAAAGAGGAAUAAUUGAUUCUCUUUGGUUUUAUUUCUUGAUUUAUAUAUAGCUUUCUCUAUAUUCUCAUUUGUUCAGAAAACUUUUGUUUGGUUUCCUUUUUGUCAUGUUAACAUGUUUAACCGAGCAAGAAUGCAAAUCGUUGCUUCCUGGAUCAGUAAGCAGUCAAUGGGUAUGUAUAUGAAAGAAGAAUACUUGGCUGGGAAUAUUUGCUGAAGAAGUAAAGUUUAAAGGUUGACUGA